ACGAACAAAUGCACGUAUCUGGUACAAAAGUCUGAAAAAUUCCAAGCAUAUUUGAAGUGAAGUAGGCUAAUACUUCAUUUUGUCUACGUUUAAUCUUCAUUAUUAUUUUUCUGAGAGGAAAUACUGAAGUAUCGUAGUUCUGUUUACUUGCCGCCUUCUUGGAGUGCGAGCGUAUAUUGGAAGUAAUUUAAAGAUAUUUAACUAGAUGAAUGAUGGCUUGAUCUCAGAAGCGGGCAGUGAUUGCAGAUGUCCUGUAAAGCUGGAUGAAUUCUUUUUCAUCCUUUAUCUUCAAUGCUGGUGUUAGUUUGCUACCUAACAGCAUCAAUAGCAAAAGUGAUUCACCGAUGAGGGUACGGAUCAGCCUCAAAUUACUGUUGGUGGUAUUUACCAUAGUUGUCAUUGUUACCUCUCUCUCCUAUUGGACUAACUGUGGUACUACUCUUAGCAUCAGCGAAAAACAAUGGCGAAUUAUAGAGCCUUGCCAACAUUUCUCUUCACAGAUGAAAAAACCGGAACUUUUAAAUGCAGAUCUGUUUCGUCUUGAUGAGAACAAUUCUGAUGAUAACCUACUUGAUGUUGGACAACAUGUUGAUUUACGAAAUGAAUUGAGGACAUUAGAAGAGAUAGAAUGCUCGAUAAACGAUGAAUAUACUAUUUCAUGUAGACAAGAUAAUGGUGAAGUGUUUAUUCCAUUUUCAUUUAUUCAAAAGUACUUUGAAGUGUAUGGUAAAAUUGUUAAACAUAAUGGAGUUAACCGCUUUGAUUGGCAACAUAGUUACUCAAAAGUGUAUUUUCCAAAACAAAAGUAUGAUCCUAGCAAAGUUUUCCUUUGGUUUGAAAACUAUAAUGUUGAAGUACGAGAUCGAGUGAAAUGUAUCAGUGGCAUUGAAGGAGUUCCUGUCUCAACUCAGUGGGAUACAAGAGGUCAUUUUUAUCCAAUACAAAUAGCUCAAUUUGGAUUAAGCCAUUUCAGUAAAAACUUGACUGAAGGAUCUCCUACCGUUGUCCUCAUACAUGAUGGAGAAACUACUUUCCUCGGCAAAUGGUUGCAUUCUGAGCAGAGUUCCCAUAAAAUGAUAUUCGAUUCUGUUGCUGGAAGCAAUGUUUUGGAAUUCAAGACAAGUGGAAACAGUAAGGAAAUACUGUCUAUUGAAGAAAGUUUGGAAGAAACUACAUUGAACUGUGAUUUAAGGCUAAUAUCUAAUGCCAGUUUAACUGUAGUUCUAGGUAGUGCAAGUGAUAAUACUUUAUACAGAAUUCAUUAUAUCAUGUCAGAUGUCCUUCUAUCAGUGAUAGACUCCGAUAUUUACUAUGGAAUUGGAAAUAGUGUUAUGUGGAAAACUUUAACUAGAGAUUUAUUGAUUGAUUUAAGUAAAGGAUUACCUUCUAUGCAAAACAGACGUAAAAUAUCAAAAUCCAGAAAUGUGCAAGUCCGUUCCAUUAUUCUGAGUGGUUUUGGAAGAGUUGAUAAUAUCAGUUUGAGUUCCACAUCACAUAUGGCCCACUUUUUUGCAGCAGCUAACUGGUUAGUGAAUCGUCAAGAUGAAAAUGGUGGUUGGCCUAAUAUGGUGACUCGGAAACUCUCAAAUGGUAUGUUAGAAUUAGCUCCAGGAUGGUACUCAGCCAUGGCCCAAGGACAAGCUAUGUCUGUAUUGACUCGUGCAUUCAGAGUUACCGGUGAUCUCCAUUAUUUGGAGGCAGCUUUACGUGCUAUCAAACUAUUUAACAUUCGCUCUGAACAGAAAGGAAUAUUAACUACUUUUUUAGGGAAAUAUGUGUGGUAUGAAGAAUAUCCCACUAUUCCAAGUUCAUAUGUGCUCAAUGGCUUCAUUUAUUCUCUGUUUGGAUUAUAUGAUGUGCAGCAAAGUGGUUCUCACAAGCUUUGUAGAGAAGCAGGAAAGUUGUUCGACAAUGGUUUAAUAUCACUAAAACAGAUGUUGCCUCUUUUUGAUACAGGUUCUGGAUCAGUUUAUGAUCUGCGUCAUUUUUCUCUUGGAGUAGCACCUAACUUAGCUCGUUGGGAUUACCACAGUACUCAUAUUAAUCAACUUUUGUUCCUUAGCACUAUUCAUGAUGAUCCAAUAUUAAAAUCUGUGUCUGAAAGGUGGACAGGUUAUAUGAAAGGGAAGAAAUCACCACAUAACUGAACUGUAAAUUUCUUUAAACUCUUUUUCUAUGAAUAUAAUAUAGAUGUUGUUGGGUUAGUAAAAAUUUUAAAGAUUAUUCAUAUUGCACAGUUCUGUAAGUAUAUUCUGUACUGAAAGAACUUAGAGUUUUGUUCAUAUUGUCAUAUUCGAUUUAGUGUUUCACAGAGGAAAACGUAUGCUUGGACCUAAGAGGUUAUAGAGUAAAGUAGAAGGUAGUUAUUUUUACAAUAUGUUAAUUCGAAGUUAUUGUUUGAAAUUAUUCCAAAGUUAUUAAUUCAGCUUAGUUUGUACUUUAAAUGCUCCAUAUCAGUUUAAAAAUAUUCCCUUAUGAAAUUCUUGUUGGUGCAUUUGAAAAAUAUCUAGAACAUGUUGGUGAAUAUUUCCAUGAAAUUACUUUUAGAGCUGGUUUAUAUCUAGUAUUGAAAACCAAACUAGAUCCGUCCGUGACAAAGUUUACUAGUAAUGUCACUUGUUUAACAGAUGUAUUUUCACCGAUUUUUAAUUUAUAUGUUUAUGUUUAUAUUGGUGAAACUGAUAGACAAAUUGAAGGGUUUUUUUUUUUUUUAAUUAAAUCUUACUUUUUAUGUAACAGUAACUGUAAAGAAAGUAGAAAAAUAAUAAUAUUUCUUUUUGGGGCAUAAAGUUUUAGGACUUGUGAAACUUGUGUAAGUAGGGCAUUUUAAUAGUGUGUAUUCCAGACUGAACUUAACUGACAUUUGAAAUCAAAUUAUUUGAAAUACUUAUUUGAUAAUGUAACAAAUGAAGUGCUAAAAGAGAUCUAUGAUACUGUAUUAUUAGCUAUGGCAUAAUCAUUCAGUAUACAAAUAUGAACCCAAAGUUUUGUUUUAUCUCUGACUAUUUGAGAUUUUUUUGGGGGGGGAAGGGAGAGGGAUAAAAUGUUUAAUGUUGUUUUUUAAAGAGGUAAAUACUGAAUGUUAUAUUCCGUGCAUCUUCUGUGCUAUUUUUGAAUUUGGGUUUUUAAGCAAAACACCGCCAGAAAAAUUAAAUACGGAUAACAUUUGGGUUAUAAUCACAAAAAAGCAUGUAAAACAUUUCCUAAAUAUGUAAAAUGCCUUAUUUGCAUUGGUAAAAUUUCAAGUUCAUAGCUUUCCAAUCAGCUGAAAAUAUGUAUAUUCGACUUAUUUAGUGCCAUUCAGUGCUAUACUAACAUACAUUAAAGGCAUUAAAAAAAAAAAGCAGUGUUACAAUCAGUCAGCCAGUUGAGAUGAAGUAAAUUAAAGAAAUCAGAUAGUAAGGGAAAAAACAGGAAAGGAAGAGAAUGAAAAGAACAGGACAGGAACAUUCCCUUAAUCAUUACAUUCUUAAGAGGUAAAGAAGUAAGUCGUGCUUGAAAGAGGUAAAUGAGCAUGACUUUGUAAAUCUGCAGGAAGGGAAAAUGAUCAGCAAACUGUCUUUCUGUAAUGUCCCAAAAAGUGCUUAAUCGCAUUAAGGUUUGAUUGUUAUUCUAAUCACUGUGUGUAUGCAGUUUGUCUGUACAUUUCAAGUGCAUAGUAUCUAACUCAAGCAUAUGAAUUUUGCAUUUUUUCAUACAUUAACUACAGACCUUGAUAUUUCUGGAAAUGUGAGCAUGAAGAUCCAAUGUUUUAUUUUUAUAUUUGCACCUAUUAGAGCACAUUCUUAUUAUUUGUUAAUUCAAUAAGGCAUAAAAUUUUAUUUUUCUACUUGAGAGAUGUAUCUGUUUAUAAGAUACCCAUAGUACUGGGGAAAUUAUAAUAGAACUUCAAAACAGAAGCUUUAUUCAUUUAAUUAAAAUGUAAAAAAUAAUGCCUUUUAUCCACAUAGUGAAAAUUUGACAUUCUAUAUUUAUCCUGAGUAGAUUUAAAGUAAACCUUCUGUACAGAUUGUCUAUUAUGGUAAAUGUUACUUCAGGAAACAGUUGUUGAUUUUCUUUGAAUGUAAAGUAGCUAAUUAUUUUAAACAUUUUGUUCAAGUACAUUCUUUACUAAAUGGUACUUUAAAUACUUGAUUAGAUUUCAGAUAUUUAGGCCAAUAUCUGUUUUAUGUAGUGUUUUUUCUUUGAGGGAGGGACUUCUGAAGUUCUUAUUAGCUAUUAGUCAUAAUUUGGGAUCGUUUUCAUUGGUAAGUUAGCCAUAAUUCGUCUUACUUCCAUUUUUCUCUACUUCACUGCUAACAAUGUACUUGUUCUUUGCAUAGGGAGAAAUAAAUUUGUUUUCUGAAGUAACAGUAAAUAUUGGUAAAGUUGAUAGAAGUAAGCUACCAAAAGAAGUCAUUAAUAAAAAAGAAACCCACUCAAAAAAGGAGUGAAGUGAUCACAAAGUCAUGUGAAGAAAAUUUCUUCAGUGCUCUAUGAAAUCAUAUGAUGAAUUGAAAAUUUCUAGAAAAUCAUCUAAUUAUUAUUUCUUAUCAUUCUUGACUGAAUUGAGGACAAAAAUUGAUUUUAUCAUCUGAGAAAAAUUUCAAGAUGUCCUGAGUUAUAACUUUUCCAAUGCUGAACUAUAAAAAUAUAGACAUAUCUUGAAAAAUCUCAUAAAUUAAAAAUAGUGUUUUAGAAUUUCAUUAUGUAUUCAUUGGAAAAAGAUUCAGAUUGUGUUUGAAAAAAUAACUUUGAAGUACCAUGAUUACCAAGAAAAUCUUUAUGCUAAAUUUCAUAAAUCUAGGCCUUUUUUGAGUCUUUUCAGUAUGCAACAGACACACUUAAAUAAACUUUCUUUUUAUUAUUCUAAGUGUAAUUUUAAUUUUCAGCUAAUUCAUGUCAGAAUUCAGCUGCUGCUUUCUGAUUUUGCAUCAAUAGUCACAUAUGCUAAUCAGAUUCAUUAAGUAGUAAAAUACUCCAUCGAUAAGUUCCCACUAAGCUAUGUAGUAGUCUUAUCUCUGCCUGCUAAUUGUAACUGGAUAUUAUUUUUGCUUUUCAUUAUUGCCUUGGAAAAUCCAUUCGUGGAAGUCAACAGCCUUUAUACUAUUUGUAUAAUGUUUACUGUAAAAUUAUUUUUACAUUUUACUUUCUUUUAUCAUUUUAUGAGUUUUCUAACUGCAAGUAUUAAUAUCAUCAAAAGCAAACCAACGAUAUGGAAUCACUUUAGGAGAAGAAUAAUGUUGUGCAACAAAGAAGUUUAAAAGUGAAUGUAAGUAUGUAUAAAGUGAGAGAAAACUACAACAUUAUUUAAUUACAACAGACAGUAUGUUUUACCCUUUAAAAUCAUUUGGAAUGUUUAAUGUAAAAUUUUAAUUUAUAUUCCAGUAAUAUAAAUAUGCAGUGAAUAGCAAUUAUGAUAUUUUCUGAAAUUUUGAAUUUUAACCAAAUGUCAGACUUUGGUUAACAUCUGUUGGCUAUUAUGUGAGCGGUUUCAAUCAACAAAACAUGUGAUACUCUCUUUUGAUAAUUAACUACUGCUAAUUCAUUACACAAUAUGCUGAAGGAUUAAAGUAUGUGAAGAUCUGUAUCACUGUUAAUCCUCAUUCCUUUCAGAAUUUUUAUAUUUGAACUACAAUAUAAAUAGUUGGCUUUCUGAACAUUCUUCUGAUUAUAAUCUGAUUUUCAUAUUUAACUUUUAAUAACUUUGGUCCACCAGAUUUAGCUGAAAUUACAUGUGUAUGGUAUGAUAAAAGUUUGAAGUUUGGUGAAUAUGUUCAUAAACAAGAGAUUCUUACCUAAAUAAAAAAGAAAGUUGAUAUUCCUUCAAAGUAAUGUCUGUCAUUUGCAGCAUACUUUUGAAAACAAUUGUGCAGUUCCUGAAAAGUGCAAGUGAAGUCUUCUUUGUAUGUUGUAUAGAGAAUUCUUGUCAUGCAUCCUGGAAUGUCCAACAAUUGUUUUCCUAUUUAGGUCUUGUUUCAAGUGCAGGAAUAGAAAAAAAGUGUACUUGAGAAAGAUCAGGUAAGUAUGGUGGAUGAUUAAGGGCUAUACUCCUAUACAGGUCAUAAAUUGUUUCACUGCAAUAAAUUUGCUAGAACAUC